AUGAAUAGUUACGAGGAAAUAUACAAAUCUAUUUGCAGAAUAUGUUUAAAAUAUGACAAUAAUAAAAAUAUGGUGUCUUUAAUUGAUAAUAAUGAUAAAAACGGUGUCAGUUGCCACGGAAAAGCAGUGAUUAAUUUUGCUAAUAUAUCAAUUAAAAAACAGGAUUGUUUCCCUACAGCUAUGUGUGUUAAAUGCUUGAAUUUAUUAAAACAAGCUAUAUAUUUUAAAUUACUGUGUGAAUCCAGUGAUACAUGUCUCAAAAACUUAUCUAAAAAUGUCGAAAAAGAAAAAUUGAAAGAACGAGUAGUUGAGUACACAAUGCUUAAAUACUAUUUUCCUAAGGAAUGUUUUGUACAAAAUGAAGAAGAAUUAGCUAAAAUAAAACCUUCAGAACUAGAAAAGUGUCGUGAUUUAAAAUUAUUAGACAUUAACACAGUUAAAGAAAAGGAUGAAUGUUCCAAUGCAAUUAUUGUUCUAGAUAAUUAUUUUGAAACUGAAUCUGUGAAGCUAAAUACAAGUCAAGAUGAUGAUUUACUAGAUAGAAUGGAAAGUCUAAUUGACACAGAUGCUUAUAAAUCAAUAAAUAUUGAAAAUCCAGUUAAAAUAAAAAAUAAAUUAAAGAGAAAAUUGAAAAAUCAUAUAUCUAUGAAGAGACGCAUAAAUUGUAAGAAAAAUGUGGAGUCUGUUCCGUUAAUAUGUAAUAUUUGUAACAAAGAACUUAGUAACCAACAUACAUAUAGACAUCAUAUGCAAAGGCAUAAUGGUUGCAGGUACAUUUGCGAACACUGCGGAAAAGGGUUCCCAGUUCGUACAGAACUUCAAAUACAUCAAGUAUCUCGUCAUGGCACCGGACCAUACCUGCAGUGUUCAACAUGCCCCUUUAAAGCUCCACGAAAAUUUGACCUGAUAGAACACGAAAGAAUACAUUCAGGGGAAAGACCAUACACUUGCGAAAAAUGCGGCUUGACCUUCCGAAGACGAGGGAUAUGGAAAAAGCAUCUCAUCUAUCAUACUGAGAAAAAAAUUCAGUGUCCACAAUGCCCUAGGAAAUUUUUCCAAAGAAGCGAAAUGUUGGCUCAUGCGAACAAUGUACACGACAGAGUUUAUGUGUAUUUGUGUAACAAAUGUGGUGCGACAUACGCCAAAACAGCAACAGUUCGACGUCAUAUGAUGGAACGCCAUGGUAUCCCACGGGAAAUGCAAGGGAAAGUGAUCAGAAUCAAUAAAGUAAUAUUGUCAAGUUAUAUU